AUGUUUGAGCACCGCGCGGUCUUUAGCGCCAUUUGUUUCGACGACGAAACGACGCCCGUUGCCUGUCGCCUGCAAAACUUGGCCGACGGAGCGACGGAUGACGAGAAGGGACAGCAGCUCCCCGACGUGCAGAUAACAUCUGGGAGAUCAACAUCAUCCAUCUGCCUCUUAACAAUUGACACCCUAUCUACAACUUUCACAGCCUCUACCACAGCCGUCUUCAUCAUCCUUACUUUCACCAUGUCCAACAUUGCUGUCGCCGGCGGUCACGGCAACGUGGGCCGCACCCUUGUGGAGGUCCUGCGCGCUUCGCUGCCCGAGACCACCGUUUUUGCUCUGGGCCGCAAGACGCCCGAGGACGCGGCCCGCAAAGAGUUGUCGUUGGCGGUCGACUACUCGGACGUCGCGGCCACGACCAAGACGCUGGCCGACAACAACAUUGGCACAGUCAUCAGCGCCAUCAGCGUGAUGGACGCCACCAGCAGCGCCGCGCAGCUGUCCCUAAUCGAGGCGGCUGUCCAGUCGGGCACCGUCGCGCGCUUUAUUGCCAGCGACUGGGGCAUGGAGCAUUCCACAGAUUCCUUUCUGUAUCCCUUCCGCCACGCCGCCAUCGAGGCCCUCGCCAAGACGUCGCUCCAGUACACGACCGUCGUCAACGGCUACUUUCUCGACUUUUACGGCCUCCCCCACGUCAAGUCCUACCUGCCGCCCCUGGGCUUUGCCAUUGACGUCAAGAACAAGGUCGCGGGCAUCCCCGGCACAGGCGACGACACCAUCGCCGUCACGUACACCUUCGACGUCGCCGCGUUUGUCGCCCGGCUGCUGUCGCUCGACACCUGGGCGCCCACGACGUAUCUGUACGGCGACCGCCUCACCCUGAACGAGCUGCUGGCGCUGGCCGAGGCGGCGCGCGGCGCCAAGUUUGCGGUGUCGUACGAUUCGCCCGCGUCGCUGGCCAAGAACGAAAUCACCGAGCUGCCGCUGCACGUCGCCUUUUACAAGAUGGUGCCCAAGCCGAUGGUUCAGGGCAUGAUGGCCAUGUUUGGGCGGUGGGUGCUGGAGGGGCGGUUCGAUGUGCCGGUCGAGAAGACGCUCAACGUCCAGUUUCCCGAGGUCAAGACGUCCUCGGCGGCCGAGAUUGUGGGCAAGUGGAAGGGCCACUAG